AUUAUUGGUUCGUACGUUGUUCAUUGUUUGACAAGGAAGAAAAAAAGUACAUCCACCCAAAAAAUGGAGUUGAUGAAUUUGGCAUCAAAAGAAACAAGCUAUUGGAUGAUCGCACUGCCUGCCGUUUUUGGAUCGCAAAACCUACAUGAUGUUUCCAUCAUCGGCUAUCUCUUCCUUGCCGUCGCUUCUCUCUCUAUACUCACGUGGGCUCUUGCCGGAGGCGGUGGUGUCGCAUGGAAGAACGGCCGUAACCGGUUGGGUCGUGUCCCCAUCCCUGGUCCUCGGGGAAUACCAGUAUUCGGCAGUCUUUUCACUCUCAGCCGUGGCUUGGCCCAUCGGACGUUAGCCGCCAUGGCUUGGAGCCGAGCCAACACUGAGAUUAUGGCUUUCAGCCUCGGUUCAACGCCGGUUAUCGUAGCUUCUGAGCCAAACACAGCUCGCGAGAUUCUGAUGUCGCCUCACUUCGCGGACCGGCCGGUUAAGCAGUCUGCUAAGAGCCUCAUGUUCAGCCGAGCCAUAGGAUUCGCUCCAAACGGGGCUUACUGGCGCACGUUAAGAAGGAUCGCGUCGACUCACCUAUUCGCUCCUCGGCGUAUCUUAGCACACGAAGCUGGACGCCAGCUAGACUGCGCUGAAAUGGUGAAAGCUGUGUCAGUGGAGCAAAACGGCGCUGGAUCAGUCGUUUUAAGGAAACACUUGCAACUAGCCGCCUUGAACAACAUCAUGGGGAGUGUUUUUGGGAGAAGAUACGAUCCUCUGGCUCAUAAAGAGGAUCUUGAUGAGCUUACAUCAAUGGUUAGGGAAGGGUUCGAGCUUUUGGGUGCUUUUAAUUGGUCCGAUUAUCUUCCAUGGAUCGGUUAUUUCUAUGACUCUAUUCGCUUAAACCAACGUUGCUCAGAUCUCGUUCCUCGAAUUAGAACCCUCGUCAAGAGAAUCAUUGACGAGCACCGAGUUAGUAAGUCUGAGAAGAAAAGUGAGAUUGGAGAUUUCGUUGAUGUUUUGUUGUCGUUAGACGGUGAUGAGAAGCUUCAAGAGGAUGACAUGAUCGCCGUUUUAUGGGAGAUGAUUUUUCGAGGGACAGAUACAACGGCGUUAUUAACGGAGUGGACCAUGGCUGAGCUAGUACUGAACCCUAACGUGCAAACCAAGUUACGAGACGAGAUCGUAACCGCUGUGAGAGACGGAGGCGUGGCAGAUGCUGACCUGGCAAAACUCCCGUACCUGAGCGCAGUGGUGAAGGAAACUCUAAGGCUGCAUCCUCCUGGACCACUGCUUUCAUGGGCUCGUCUUUCCACGUCAGACGUCCAGCUCAGCAAUGGCAUGGUAGUUCCAAAGGGAACUACGGCGAUGGUCAACAUGUGGGCUAUAACUCACGACCAGACGGUAUGGUCCGACCCGCUAAAGUUCGACCCGGAGAGGUUCACUGGGAAUGCUGACGUGGAUAUUCGUGGUGGGGAUCUAAGGCUAGCGCCGUUUGGAGCCGGUAGGAGGGUGUGUCCGGGGAAGAACAUGGGGUUAGCUACUGUGACUCGGUGGGUGGCUGAGUUGGUGCGACGGUUCGAGUGGGAUCAAGAUCAGACCGAGCCAGUUGAUCUUGGUGAGGUCUUGAAGCUUUCUUGUGAGAUGGAGCAUCCGUUACGUGCUGUUGUAACGGAAUUAUUUUAAGUCAAAGAAGGGCUAAGUAGGGUUUUGACCUUUGUCAACGUUUUC